AUGUGGAAGGCUGCGGUCGUCACUCUGGGUCUGCUGCUGGUGCUGGUGGGUGGGGUUAGACCCAACGAGGGGCCCCCCUCCUUCUACGGGGUGAAGCUGUGUGGCAGAGAGUUCAUCAGAGCGGUCAUCUUCACCUGUGGGGGAUCUCGCUGGAGGAGGAGCCUGGGGGAUUCUGCAGGUGUGAUGGGUGAGGAGGACCCCUGGGGUACGCCUCAGAUCGGCAGCGAGCAGCAGGCCUCAGAGACCCAGAUCUGGAAGGGGGAGACGCAGGACCCCGCCGCCACAGGCCUCAGCCGCUACGCCCGCUCGCCCGUCUCCGAGGAGGUGCUGGAGGCCCUGCGCAGCGCCGACCGGAAGGGGCGCGACGUGGUGGUGGGGCUGUCCAACGCCUGCUGCAAGUGGGGCUGCAGCAAGAGUGAGAUCAGCUCACUCUGCUGA